AUGGACACCUGUGCCUCCAUCAGUCGGUAAUCAACCAGCAAGGCAGUCACCUGUUUUAGAUUUUUUUAUUAGCACAUAGAAAAAUGGGUGAUAAAAACCAGGAAUCCAGUUGCCUGCCUCUAAAAGAGGAAUUCCAGCGUUCCAAGUUCUCAUUGGACUUCAAGGAUCCUGGAAUUUUUUGCCGCUCCCAAUGGCAAAAAGGUGAUCGAAAUAUAAUCUGGAUCCUGUACCGAUGGUUUUUAGCAGCAUUCUUUGGAACUGGUGUGAUUUGGAGCAUGUUUAAAAUUUUCAACGGUGGUCGUUGGUUUAUUUUCCUCACGAAUUGGGGAUUUUCUCUGGAUUUCUUUACGUGCACCUACGGGGCUGUUGUGGCGACUAUUUACUAUAUAAAACCCUCAUUUUUUGCUUCUAACAGUCGAGCUCUUAAAGUUUACUGGAUUUCUCACUAUACAACUUCUGUGCUAUCCAUGCUAAUUUCUUUGGUUUUCUGGGCUGCUCUGGCCAGUACUAUGCCCGAAGAAGCAACUGACUUGUAUAACUUGUGGUCGCAUGCCUUCAACUCCAUUUCCAUGAUAUUCGACUGCUUUAUGGUGGCCUUUCCAGCUCGCAUCAUGUUCUUUAUUUAUCCCGUUUCGGUUGUUAUUUUAUUCCUGAUACAUUCUUUAAUCUACUAUUUCGCGGGCGGUACUGACAUGGAUGGCAAUCGAUUUAUCUAUUUUGCCCUAGACUGGGCCCGUCCUGGAUUAGCUAUUGGAUUUGUGAGCGCUAGUUUGGCCCUUGUCUGUUGCUUCGCUUUUGUGGCCUUCGGAAUUUACAGAUUGCGCAUCUCCAUGGUCAAAUGCUGCACGAAAAAUCAAGUGGAAGAACAACCAACCCGUGAUACAGCUUCCAAACAAUAUGCUUAAUCGAUUAAAUACAAAUUUUAGAAUUUUAAUGAAUUGAAAGCCAGAGUUCUGGGCUUGAUUACAGUUAAGCCAUUUUCUGAACCACGGCAAACUGCAGCGAUUGGAUUUGGUUGGACCAUUUCUCCAGGGCAUUAUAACGCGAAGCACUGCUGUUGAUCUUGUCGAGCUGGAGCACCUGAUUGACCUGGUCAAUGCGUCCCUUGAUGGUACUGGUUAGGGAAUAAAAUUUGCUUUUAUAA